GAAACACACAACAUGGCACACAACACGUCACACACACAACAUGUCACACAAGACACAACGGCACACAAGACACAUUGACACACAAACUCACAACACGACACACAAAAAGGCACGCAAGACAUGCUGACACACAAACUCACAAGACGACACUCAAGACAAAACACACAACAUGUCAUGUGAAUGGUGGGGUUGUCACUGGGCAGCAGGUGCAGAGUGGGGAACUCUUGCUCUUUCAGGAGCCGGUGACUUUCGAGGGGGUGGCUGUGUAUUUAACGGAGGAAGAGUGGGCUUUGCUGGACCCCGCUCAGAGAGCCGUCUACAGAGACGUCACGCAGGAGAACUAUGAGAAUGUCACCUCACUGGGGUUUCCAGUUUCCAAACCCGAUGUCAUCUCCCAGCUGAAACGAGGGGAAGAGCCGUGGGUCCCAGAUCUCUGGGGCUCAGAGGAAAGAGAGAUCCUGAGAGGCAGCCGCAUGGGUGAUGGGAUGGUGAGAGAGACCGUGGAACAGAAUCCUCAGCAGGAAGAUGAGCAAGCGGAACUGCAUGAGGCGUUAUUGCAAAGAUGCACAGGGAGUGUGACCAGGAGUUGUGAGCAGGGAAAAGGCUCUCAGGGGCAGCACAGGCCAGAAAAGCAGCAGGGAAACCAGCCAGUGCAGAAAGUUGGAAUAUCUGUUAACUAUCAGGGAACUCACAAAGGCCUCAAGGAAACCACGGCCCAGCAGAGAAUCCUGACGGGAGAGAGAGAUAAUACAGGCUUUGAGUGUGGGAAAAAGUUCAGGAGGCACUCACACCUUAUUCGCCAUCAGAGAAUCCACACCGGAUUAGGAUCCUAUGGAUGCUGUGAGUGCAGGAAAAAGUUCAGGAGGCGCUCACACCUUAUUACACAUCAGAGGAGCCACACAGGAGAGAAACCCUAUGAAUGCUGUGAGUGAGGGAAAACCUUCACUGAGCGCUCAACCC